AAAAAAAUCAACUGCGUGCUGCGUCAACCAACGAAACGGACCAAGGAGGGCCGACAGCAAAACUUCCUUCGUGAGUCGUAAAUUUCUGAUUGCUGCGGAUUUUGAUGAGAAUCAAAUUUUAAACUUAUCAAUGCGAUGUGCCUACCGUUCGAUUAUAUUGAUAAACGCUAAAAACACCCGUUGCGACGUGUUAAAGUUUUUAAUUCUUCGGGAUGAUAGUAUAUUGUGAGUGUGUUCUUUGGUAGUUAGGUUGGGCUAAACGUCAUUGUUUUUACUGAAAGAAUGUUAAUUUUAUGUGAGGAAUUAGGAAGUAAAAAAUUCCUCACGCAUUAAUUCGUAUUGUGGUUUUUCGAACUGAGCCAAUCUGCUGCACGCGAACAAAAGAUUUAUUGAAACAUAUAGCUUCAGCACCUGCUGCUUUCAAGUGUUAUUUACCGAUUGAGUAAUUAUUUUUAUAGAUUUUUGCUAAGCUGUAAUCAUGUCCUUAACAUUCGAACAAAUCAUCCUGGAUGCCAAACGGGUCGCUAAUCGGCUCAAGGACAGGGAAGCGUUAGGUGAUUCGCUGUUGUUGGAAACCGAAGCCAUUAAUAAGCAAAUGGAAUCGAUGCGAUUGUUUGAAGAUGAUAUCGAUAUUCUAAACAAACUGGCACGGGAACGGUCCAACAAUCAAUUGAUAACCAUAAUUCACCAAGAAAACCCCCAAAUACGUGAAAUUCAACAGGAAAACCGGCUUCUCAAAGCCGCCCUAGAAGAUCACCAGCAUGCACUGGAGCAUAUCAUGAGCAAGUAUCGCGAGCAUACGCAAAGUAAAAUUCUGAACACAAAGCUUGACUUCGUGGAAGCAUUUCACAAACAUCAGGAAUUUUCGGAACGUAAGGAUGAAAUGAUUCGUCAACAAACACAUAAGAUCCAGGAGAUGGCCGCAGUUAUGCAACGAGCAUCGCAAAUUGAUGACGAAAAAUGUAACCAGGAGCAGGAGUUUCUUAGCAAGUUAAUGACGGAAAAUAAGGGUCUUCGCGAAUUAUUGGAAAUUUCUCAAAAAUAUGGUUCAAAUGGACAGAAAAUUCUAGUCGAUGAAAAGUCUACCCAAACUGAGCCGUUCUUAUUGGAUGGUUACAUAGCUUCUGGCAACAACGUAAAUUCCUUGUCGAAAGGUAGCAGUGAAGUGUUGCCUCCCGUCAGUGCUGGUUCCAACACGGGUACAAUAAAAAUAAACCCUUCAAGCUCCAAGCCAGCGACAUCAGCAGUGGAUAGCACAGAUGGAACGUGCACGCCUUCCAUGUUAUCGUGACGUGAUUCAGAUGAUAGUCAAACGUCCGUUUUCUUUUGCUGUCAGUCGGCUUUACUUUAAUAUUGAUUUACAGUUUUCAAUGUGGUUUGCAUUGAUAACUAUGACUACACAAAAUCUUAUUUAGUUCGCUCCAAUUGGUUCACGUUCAACAGCCUGCAGCUACGUUGCAGCAUUUAUAAUUAUUUACCCACGAUGUUCUCAAGUCCUUAAAUUUAAAAGUUACAAUUUUAGAUUGCAAAUAAGUAGCACUCAGUAUCUGCAUCUUUUCCCUCGAAACGUACUAACGUCAAUAUAUGUAAAUGUAAGGCCGUAACUUUUUUGUAAGCAUCUCAAUACAAGUUUUUUUUUUCAACCUUUAGUGCAAUCAUUGCUAAAAAAUUCAACAUUUGAUAAAUAAAAGGUCAUAUAGUGACUCUUUCAUUCAAAAAUUUUUACCUUGCAACUCUGUUCUUUAAGUGCAAAAGAAAACACAAUUUUGGGUUCUAGAAAUAGCCAAUCAUCUUUGUUCUUAUGUAAGUGCAUCGCAGUGUCCGGAUAAAAUGUGUGUGCUGCGGCAAAUUCCAAAUUAAUCAAAAUAAAUCAACUCUU